UAAAACUUCCCUGUCUUUAAUGUUCUCUUUUGCAGAUUAUAAAACAGUCGGUUACUCUACGUAUUCGUGCGUUAGUUUGCCUUGUUGUUUUCUCACAAAAAUCGCGUUAAUAAAAUAAACAUAUUCACUAAACUAGUCACUAAAUAACAUGUUCAACGGCGCGCAACUAACGAACCAGCUGUAGGAUAUACAUUAUUAUUCAGCUAUUUGCUUAUUGUAUGAGGAAAUGUACAUGACAAGCUAAAAUUUAACUAGCUAACUGAAUGUGCAGGCUAACGAGAAGGGUCGUGUAAAGUUGAAACGACGCAACCAUUGCUAAGCGAUAUUAUGUAGCAUUUAUUAAUAAAUGUAAACAAUUGUUCUAAGUAAUUAAUCUGUUUCCAAAGUGAGAAACGGUCACAACUAAGACUAAUUUAGUUUCCUUGGUGCAUGUUUUCUGUGCACGUCCACGCAGGUGUUAAGUGUACAUCCGGCAAAAAAGCAUCCUAAAAAGAAUAAACUGAAAACCUCAAUAAGAAAACAACAUUCUUUAUUUUAAUAUUAGCCACUAUCAGUUGAUUCUCUGUGAAAUACCAUUAAGGUUUGCUAGCAAACGUUUCAUUUUUUUACUGGACUGCAAUAUUGCUUGCCUUGGAAAUAGGGGUUUAUAUGGAUAAGUAAUAAACUACAGCUCCAGGUAUUUUAGCAUCAAGUUAUAGAGCCAUCUUGCUCCCUCCCAUCCUGUCAGGUGUACUAAUGCACUAUGGCAGUAAUGCAGUAUAAUAGGAUUGGGUAGCCUGGUCUCCUCCCCUUCCACUUAUCCCCAGAUGGACUUAGAUUUCUGGAAGUCUCUGGACACCUCAUUUGUGCUCAUCACACUGUUUUUAGGGGUGACCAUGUCACCUACAAUGUCCAAUUAUAAAUAUGGGACUUUUCCCACUUUGAUUCAGGUAUAUAAUUGAACCGUGUGCAAUUUCAUCAGUGAUAUUAGACUACCUUGUGUGCCUUGACCCACAGACGUAAUGUGUUGAUUAGAAUAAGUGUGUCAAUGGUCAGGUGUCAACUGACCCAUGGCAGUGUGCUGCACUGUGAAGCCCUGAUUGAUGUGCGUUUGUAUUAGAAGUGAGGUAACUGUUACCAUUCAGGACCAGUGACGGUUGCUGAGUAUGGAUCUGGGAUGCAUGCCCUAACUCUGCUGCCUCAUCUCGCUGGCUGCACUGAGACUCACACAUGGGAAAGCUCCAGAGCAAGAUCCGCCGUCGCUCAGACCUCUACAGAGCCACAAGAGGGGAGGUGCCGGAAAGCGGACCCAUCACUGCGAUUGCUCAGUAUGACCCAGCCCACUGCGACACCAUCAAUUGCAUCACCACUCUGGACUGUGACCUCAGCGUAUCCGGAGGAAGUGACCAUGCAGUUGUAGUGUAUGAUUGGAGAGCAGGCAGGCUGUGCCAAGCCUUCCACGGCCACAGCAGGGAAGUCACAAAGGUAAGGUGUGUUCCUGGCAGCAGCCGGAUCUUCAGCGCUUCCCGAGACAAGAGUGCGCUCAUGUGGGACUUGACUUGUGGAGAUGACCCUGUUCAGGAGUUCUGUGGACAUGAACUGGUGGUCAACGGGCUGGCCGUCAGUCCAGAUGGAUCCCAGUUGUGCACAGGCUCCCGGGACAAUUCCAUGUGCUUGUGGGACAUCGAGUCGGGGGAGUGUCUGCAGAGGAAAACCAUCUCGCGUAAUCUGGUUACUCACGUCUGCUGGGUGCCAGGGACCCACUCGAUUGUCCAGACCUCAGAAGACAAAGCCAUCCGGGUUUGGGACAGUCGCAGCUGGCAGGUCGCCAACACCUUCCCCGCUAAGCAGUACAUUCAGACGCACUGCGACGUCAGCUCCAGCUCGCACUACCUCCUGUCCAGCAGUAAUGGAUUCGGAGGCCACGGCUGCGAGGCCACACUGUGGGACCUCAGGCAGCCGGGCUGUAAGGUGGUGGAGUACAGAGGUCACCUGCAGACCACGGCCUGCUGCGUCUUCCUGCCUGCGACUCCCGGGGCGCCGCACAUGGUGGCCACAUCCUCGCAUGACUGCUCUGUCAAGAUCUGGGACCAGAAUACUGCAGCCUGCCUAUGCAGCCUCACCCUGGAUGGCUCAGGGCCCCUGGUCUCCCUCGCCCCCUGUGAAGUGGGGAGCCUGCUCUGUGCCAGCUUCAACACUGGGAUACACCUCCUGCACCUGAGCCUCAGCGCCGGGCCCGAGCUCAGGGAGGCAGCCCGCUUCUGACCCCCCCUCUUAUUUAUCACCACUGAGACCAGGGGCAAGGGUGUGAUGCCAGCACCAGCCUCAAGGUCAAGCCUCAGCCCCCUAUCCAGGGAGCAGAAAGUACUCAGGAUCCCAUAGGUGAUGGCCGUUGACACAGGAAGCACCGGAAAUGUACGUGUCUGUUGGCAGACUAUUGAUAGUUUUGCGUGUGGGUGUGUAUGACAGAAAGUGCUUACAGGUGUUUUUGGGAGUUGUUCUAUUCAGCCACAGAGCCAGUCAGAUUCCAGAGCAAUUGCUUAUGUACUGAGGAACUUAGGUGAGACAUAAAUUAUUAAACCAGACACUGGGGAAUCGAUUAUAGUAGUAGCAGAAAUGCUAAUAUGUAAUAAUGCAGCAGCACUCUGGGGCGUCUCCAUCAAUUGACAGAAGAAAGUAGCUCAGCUCUAGUCUAUUCGGUUAUUGUCUCAGCCAAAGAAAAACCUGAGCUGCUUUUUAAAGCACCAAGACCUUUGUUAUUUAUAUAGCGCAAGAAUCCUGUGGUUUAGUCUCACACUGUUUGCUCUGUUGGAGCAGCUCCGUUGUUUCACGAUGGUCCAACAGCAGGGUUCGAUCUGCCCUCAUUGCUGUGCCGAUAUGCUGCCCUUAAUCUCACAUCUGUGUUCACGCUCCAAAAUGAGUCAGCAGGACAUGAGCAGCACUGCCAGUCAAGGCCAAUUUCACACUCCUGUUCAGUUUUUGUGAUGAAUUACCACAGUUGUACUACCCUUAUGAAGCAUAAUUGUUUUGUUUUUUUUUAUCAGGUGAUCUGUUUGUAGCAAUGUCUGUCAUGGUACGAAUUGUGUGGUGUAAAUUUAUGUUUUGGUGCAUAUUGUGUAAAGUGUCAGAAUAUUUUUGCAGCUUUUCUGCUAAUAGGAUGUCCUAGUGACAUGUACUGGUUAAAUAAAUGAAUUUUUACCAGUGGGAA